AUGGGAUGCGGCAGCUCCGCAAACACCGCGGUCCAACCGCUGACGCCGGAGGAGGCGAACGGAGACGAGGAUGAGACAGGAAGUAAAAUCGGUAGUCGUGGAGACUCUGCCGUGUCAAAGGGCACCACAGACAGCGGGGUGGUGAUGGAGAACAAGGAGAUCACCGUGUUACCUGGAGCAGUGCCGGGAAAACUCCCUCCUCUAACAUCUGGGUGUGUGAGAGAAAGUCAGGAAGACACACUUACACAAGACGCAGCCAGCCCAGGAAUGCUGCAGCAGGACAGCACAGUCCAGGAUCGUCAGAAGUCCAGUGAGAUCCUGGAGGAGCUCCUGAACCAGGGCAUCAUCGCAGUGGGACAAACCAGAGAGAGGAGCAAAGGGGCUGGAGAGGCCUACAGCAUCAUGGCAACGUCGUGCUCCAAAAGAGGAGCUGCUGUGUUCAGGAGCAGAUUAACUCUGCCCGCCCUGUCCAACAACAAAGGCCUGCUGACCGGCAGACCGCAGCUUCCGGGGAACACAGUGCUGAAGCUUGACGAGGCAAUCGCCUGCACCCUGGGCGAAGGUGUUUCACGGGUGAAAGACACGGCCGAGUGCCGCCUCCACGAGAAGCAGUUGUACAGUCAGCUCAUCAGUGACUGUCUGGUGCUCAAUACAAGUUUGAGCAGAGACGUCCUGGCACAGGACCACAUCCUUAUUCACCUCAAGAAAGAAGAGCAGCUUACCAAUGAGACCAGAGAGCUGCUCCAGAAGCAGAUCCGCAUCCUUCUCGACAAACUGAGCUCUCUGAAGGAGGUUCGCACUCAGCUCCUGGCAGAUUUUCAGGACAAGGGCCAAGCCAUCGAGGUCACCACCAAAUGCAUCAAACACAGGGUCAACCCCCCGAGCUCCAGGCUCCCUGCCGCUCAAUACAAGCCCGACCUCGUCAGCUAUGACAAGUGGCUGUCCCACUGCAGGGAGCUGAGGCUGAUGGCUGGUAACCUGAUUAAAGACUCGUCUACCUUCAGGGGAAACCUGCGGUUCACCCUGGCUAAUAUGAAAAUUGCCCAAGAGCGCCAGCGCCGCAGCACCACUGACUCACUGAGGAGAGAGAUCAACGAGCUGAGCAAGGUCCAGAAUAAAAUGAUGUGGGAGAGGAAGCAGAUGAAGGAUGAGAUUUCUGAUCUGACCAAGGACAUUCAGAAAUUGACUGGUCAGAUAUGGAACUGUGACUCCAAGCUGCAUCAGGCCACCCAACGCCUGGACAUCCUCAACCAGAGACCUGGACGUGAGCACUGCCUGGACCAGCCCUACAUCAGCCUCACACUGGAGAAACAUGACCUGGCAAAGAUGGUGGCUGGACUUAACCCAGUACUGAAGCGCUCCCAGCGGGACUUGAAGGUUGCACGCAGGCGUCUGAAGGUUCUGGAGGACAAACUGGUCACAAAUGCUCAUAACCUGAACGUGGAGCAGAAGUGCCAGAACCUGCACCAAAGUUUCCUGCCUGCGCUCGACACCACCGUGGUCCUGGCCAAAAAGGCCACGGGCCGCUCCAGCCCUCGAGCCUACUUACAGUAGAGCCUGGCGGAGUGCAUUAGCA